AUGGAACAGGAAGCCACACGUCAAAAGGCUGAAAUGGAACAGGAGGCCAUACGCAGGAAAGCACAAAUGAAACAAGAGGCCGCACGUGUAAACCGGGAAAAAGCCGAGCUGAAAGCAAAAUCAGACCUUCUUGAAGCACGAAGAGAAGCUGCAGCCGCAGAGGCCGAGGCUCGUGUCCUAGAAUAUGACGACAGACAAGCGUUGGACGAUCUUCCUAAAGAAACGGAAGACCCGCUCCAACGUGUGCAAGAUUUCGUAAACAAACACCCUGUACCAACUGCCGUACAGGAAGUGACAGGCCCUCUAAAGAAAAAACAAACUCCUAUUAAGCUAAGUCAUGAAGCACCAGACUUCGUGCCAUCCGUGGCUUUGAACUUGCCGUCACAGACACCUCCUGCCUUGCCUACCGAUACAAAGUCACCAGAAGUUACUUUAUUCCCAGAUCUGGGAGCGGUAAAGGAAGAUAACGAAACUGGUGGUUAUUAUGCAUUCAGUGUCGGCUCACAGCUACCUAAGGAUGCCAUUGAAGUCAAAAACUUUUACGGAUAUGUUGAGAAGAGAAGAGGAAAAGAAGGGGAUAUACUUAAAGAAUUUCUUAAUCUGAAAAGUGGACUACAAAAACCUACUGACGCUGCAUUAAAACCAGGAAACAGACUGAAAAAUAAAUAUAAAGAUAUGUAUGCAUAUGAUGAAACACGGGUUAUACUUGACAACUCGAGUUAUAUAAAUGCAUCUUUCAUUCAGGGAUAUGGACAAGUCCGCAAAUAUAUAGCUGCUCAAGGUCCUCUUGAUAAGACUGUCGAUGAUUUUUGGAGAAUGGUUUGGGAGUAUGACUGCGGUAAAAUUGUGAUGCUGACAAAUGUGUUUGAAAAUGGAAAGGAAAAAGAGACGAAAACUGUUUUUCAGUUCCACUUUACUGCCUGGCCCGACAAAGAUGUUCCAAAAUAUGCAUCAUCCUUGGUUCACUUCCGACACAAAGUCAAUACCACAAGAACUGUAGCAAAAGGGCCUAUGGUGGUUCAUUGCAGUGCAGGGGUAGGUCGUACUGGUACAUACAUUGCAUUGGAUUAUAUAGUACAUGAAGCUAAAGAGAGAGACUAUGUUGAAGUAUUCCGAAGUGUUGAAAUAUUAAGAAAUCAGAGAGUGAAUAUGGUACAAACAGCGCAUCAGUACUUGUUCUUGCAUGAAGCUGUUCUUGAAGCCCUGAUGUGCCCGAACUCAGGAAUUCCUUGCAGGGAUUUUUCAGAUAAUUAUAAAGACCUGAUGCGAUUUGACAAUAACAAGAAAAAGCACAAGCUGCAAGUAGAGUAUGAGCUAAUGAAUUCUAUAUCAAGUCGACAUGACGAAGAAGCUUUCAUUGGAUCAGAGAUGCCACUGUUAUCGACAGCUGUAGAUGGACGUAAUGAGUAUAUAAAUGCAGUGUUUUUACCUGGAUACAGAAACAAUCAAACAUUUAUUGUGACACAAAUGCCUUUGGAGACGACCGUUGUUGACUUGUGGAGACUUAUAUAUGACUAUGAAAUUCCAACUAUUGUUAUGCUUAACAAAGAUAUACAGACAGGAGUGAGGCAGGUGAAAUUAUUCAAAGCGAAGUUUUGGGAAGAAAACAUGAUAGUUCCUGGAUCUGCAAAUGACAUGUUGUCAUUCCUAUCUGGAAUCGAAGAUGAACAUAGCAAUAACAGAGGGUGUGGACCUGUCCUCGUUCACUGUUUAAAUGGUUGUGACAAAAGUGGUCUAUACUGUGUGUUGGCAACAGUAAUAGAACGACUGAGAAUAGAACAAGAUGUGGACAUACAACACAUCAUCAAACAAAUGAGGAAUAGAAGACCUCAGAUCAUUCCAAACUACGAACAGUUUCAGUUCAUAUACGAAGCAGUUAUAGAAUACCUGAAGGAGUUUGAGACCUACUCAAAUUUCCAGUGA